UGUUUGGAAGUUGGGACAUUAUAAAAUGAAGGAAACGUGAAGAUUGAGAUCUUUUAUUAUCUUUUUAUUUCAUUUCUCUUUUUCGGUUGAGCGUCAAACAUUUUCGUUGGAAAAAGAAAUUCCCUUCGUAGAAGCAACCGCGAAAUCUCUUACCAAUUCCCGAGAGAGAGAGAGAAAAAAAAAGACGAGCAAGCAAUAUUAUAUUAGCUGUUAUGAAAAUUACAACGAAAAAACGCUCAUCAAAGUUCAAAACAAACAAGGACAAACCUUUUCCUGGAAAGUGAAAUUUGAAAUCUCUCUCUCUCUCUCGCAGUCUUGCUUGAUCUUGAAUUGGAAAUACAGUGAAGAAGAUUACCGGGACCGAAUUUGGGAAUUUGGUGGAUUUUUCUAGGGCUUGAGAACUUGAAUUGUACUGGAAUCGAAUGGCCGCUGCUGCGGCUUAUAGGCGUUGGGGACAAUUGGGAACCAAUUCGGGGAUAAGAGGGUUUGGAGCAUCGGAUUUGGUGUCUUCUUUGGAUAAACCGAUAUACGAUCCCUCAAAUAUUUGCUUAUCGGCUUCAGUUUCGGUUUCGCCAAAUAGGCAAUUGCAUUGUAGACACAUUUCUCAGCUUGUGAAAUCCAACGGAAAGCGGUUGUUCCUCGUUGACACAUUAGCCCUAGUUAGGAGAUUAGAAGGGCAAGGCGUGCCAUCAAAGCAAGCCGAGGCUAUAACGGCUGCUAUAACUGAAGUUCUGAAUGACAGCGUGGAAAAUGUAUCUCAGUCAUUUGUUUCAAAGGCAGAAAUGCAGAAGAUUGAAAUGAUUCAAGAAUCCAAUCUGUCCAAGUUUAAAUCCGAAGUUCAAAGCUCCCAGGGACACCACUUUUCUUUGUUGCAACAUGAGACCGAGAAACUUCGUAAUGAUAUAGAGAAGAUGCGCAGUGAAUUGAGGUAUGAGAUCGACAAAGUCACUGCUGGGCAGCGGUUGGAUUUGAAUCUUGAAAGGGGGAGGAUACGGGAUGAGCUUGCAAACCAGAAUGCUGAAACAAAUAACCUCACUAAUAAACUUGACAGGGAAAUUCAUGCUUUAAGGGCCCAGUUGGAAGCAGCAAAAUAUGAUGUGAUAAAAUACUGCAUUGGUACUCUUGUUUCCAUCUCUGCCGUUGGCCUUGCUGUACUCCGUAUUUUGAUGUAAACAUGAUGUAUUGUAUUGUGUUGUAUUGUAUUGCAAAUCAAUGGUGACAUACUCAAAACAAGAAAAUAAUAGUUCAUUCUUUUAAAGCUGCUGUUUGUUUGGAAAGUGGGAAAAGAAAUAAAGAAUCAAAAAAAUUGGGAACUAGAA